GGUAAAUCUGGCCCUGCUCACACACACACACACACACACACAGAGUCUCUUUAAGGAAUCAGCACAAUCCGUUUGCGAUGUUUACGGAGCUCAGCAGUAAAUGUUUGUCUGUUUCAGCAUCUCUGUCAUGUCUUUCUGUAGAACAAGAUCAGUGAGCCUCUGAUUGUCUCUGCAGCAGCUCCCGCAGAUGAGAAAACGCAGGAUCACGGCGGGAUGCGAGACCAUCUGAAAUCCACAGCUCAGAUAGAUCAAACAGCAGAAACAGAUGUCGCCGUCUCCGGUGAAGGAAACCAUCUGGACAAUGAAGAUGAUGAAGAUGGUCUGCUGGCCUGGUGGAGAACCGUGGAAGGUUGGAGUGAAUGGAACGAGUCAAAGCAAUUUAAUGAGAAAGAUGGAGAACGAGCGAUCGAAGCCGCCGCUAACCGGGUUUUCAUGGCCGCCAAGUUAUUCGUUCACCUGCUGACUCAGCGCGAGCCGUCGCUGCAGCGGCGCAUACGGGAGCUGCUGUCGCUAGCGGACGCCGCCGACAGUUUCCACAGGAAGACGGUGACCGCGAGCGUGGGCGGCGGGGUGGCCAGCGUCGCCGGCAGCAUCACCACCAUCACCGGCCUGGUUCUGGCGCCCUUCACCUUCGGGACGUCCCUCAUCGUGACGGCGGUGGGCAUCGGGGUCGCGACCGCCGGCGGAGUGACGUCAGCGUCGGCAAACAUCACCGAUACGGUUCACUCCAACACGGACAGGAAGAAGGUGGAGAAGAUGAUCCAAGAUUAUCAGCAUGAAGUUAAAGUUAUUAAAGAAUGCUUGGACUUCCUCCAGGCCGGGAUGGAGACUCUGGAGGAGUGGCACUUCGAGCAGUAUGUGGACAGCAUCUCCAGACGGGCUCUGAACCAGAACGUGAAGCACGUGCUGAAGGAGGGCGGCCGGGCCGGGAAAGCGCUGCUGGUGAACACCGACAGCCUCAUCAACACCGUCCAGGUGCUCAGCGUGGCCGGAGGAGCCGCCAAAGCCGCGCAGGUCAUCAGCGUCACCAGCGGCGUCAUGUCCGGCCUCUUCCUCGCCCUCGACGUCUUCUUCCUCGCCAAGGGCUCGCUGGAGCUGCGCAAGGGCGCCAAGACAGAGUUCGCCGCCAAGAUCAGAGAGGUUUGCAAGGAGCUGCAGGACGGACUGCAGGAGCUGAAGAGAAUCCAACUACAGCUGCAGAAAACCAUGGACGGGGUUGAGAUGGAGGAGGAGGAGGAUGAAGGUGAUGGGGAUGAAGAGGCAGGAAAUAAAUCAGACCCAAAAAAAGAGUCCAGCUAGAAGAAUAAGCAUUGAUCAUUAUCCUGAGCAACAAGUCUCUUCUGCUCAUCAAGGCUGCAAUUAUUUGAUCAAAA